AUGGACCUCAACUUCGGCACACCCGCUCGACUCGAGCGUCAGAUCGCUCAGGAUCUUUUAGAGACACAGUCCGAGUUCGAUCUCUCGGUCCCAGGUGGUGACAUGCGCGAUAUCAGCGCUUCCAUCACACGGACACCUCUAGCUCCCUCAAAUCGUCAGAACUCGUCAUUCUCCAGCCCAUCAGUUUCAUCCGAAGCAUCUAUCACUUCGCCUUCCAAACACACCCAUCUCGCCACCCCUCAUGCUAACAGACAGCCUGUCACCCUUGCCGCCGCUAUACAGAAUGCGCGAGAUCGUCGCAACAACGACGCUGGUCAUUUAGCCAACGCCAUGUCAGCUUCUUCAUCCACAUCGAGCCUCUCCGACACGCCUCAUUCGGCUCAGUUUUCAGAUCCAUAUUCUCACGUCAGGAGCUCCUCGCCACCACUCACUUCCACCCCUCACCCUACUAUCCGCCCGCCCUCCACCGUUGGCUCCCGAUCUCGCACAACCGUGACAGCACGUCUGCACCGUCCAUCGUGCGCAGAUGGCACCUCAACCCAACGAUACGACGACACAACAAAAACAUCAGCUUCUAGGGCAACUCGCUCCGCCCGUUCUGCAUCCGUCGUUCUCGAUGACCUCACGGAGUCAUCCAUCGCCCCGGAGGAUGCCCCCCAUCAGCAACGAGAUGGCACAGAGCCGGAGACACAUGACGUGGCGCAGCAGGAUGGUCAAGAAGAUGGCCGCGACUUUGUAGUCUAUAAUGCGCCCUCGGCCUCGUCAACCUCGCAGCAAGCCUCGUCUGCUAUUAGUCAGGAUCAAGAAGGCGCAGCCGGCGAUGCAAUCGAUUGGCGCCAACGACGAGCGCAACGAAGGCAAUUGGUUCAAGUCGAUGAGUCUGCUGUCGAUGAUGACGAGAGUCAAGUUCAGCCCGAUACAGAAGCACACACCCUUGCCUCGUCACAGCAAAUCGCAACUAUCGCAACGUGCGCCAGCUCUGUUGCCGAGACCGAGGAUACUGUCGCUGCCUACUCAAGUCCUGCUGCUGCUCGUCUGGCCCGUCAGGGUAUCAUUCCAGCUUUAGCAGCUGCAACCAGGCCCGCGCCAGGCUCUGCAACAAGCACACCCAGUCGCCCGCUUCAAGAGAACUUUGCUACACCAAAGCAAGCUUCAGCCUCCGGAGAGCGCGCCAGAAUGAAGCAGUAUCUCCUCAACAGCGUCAAAGCAACAGGCAGGACACGUCCACGAAAUGGCAGAUCUUCUGACGCCCAUCACGAGGCAAUCGAACGUCUCAAAGCACAAGCACAACUUCAAAGGACACCAGCUUCACUUUCAGAAGGUGACGCCAGAACCAAUCAAGACAGUUCCCCGCUCACAUCUACUCAUCCCACACCGCGCCGUAGAAUGGACCGUGUAGGCAAAGCCAACACAUUCGCUGCUGGCCGCACACCAUUGCCCAAGGGAAGCGUCGCCGAGCUGCUUCGACGAGGCGCGCUCUUUGGUGUUUCCGACUCGAGCCAUUCCUCGAGCGCGCUUGUCGAGAGUCCUCUUCGGGAAGGACCAGAGGCAGGCGAGCAAGCCAAGGAUGAUGAAGCUGCGAGCGCCCUCGGCUCUACAACCUACUCGGAGGCCUCAUCCAAUGACCUCGCCCUUGCUCCCAAUCGCUCAAAGCAUGGCGCAAUGGGCUUGAGGGCCAACACAUCUUUCCCAGGCUUGGGCGCCGCUGCUGCUGGAACAGAAGCUAACUCUGUUGCAAGGCCACGUGUCGACGCUGCAAAGUUGGCAUUGUACCAAAGCAAGCUCAAUGCUCGUUUGGAUGCCGAGAAUGAACAACUUAAACGUGAACGUGAUCAGCUGCUGCAGAAGCUUGCUAAACUCGAGGCAGCAUCCCCGGCUCAAUCUGCACAGCCAGACGUCGAAGCGAUCAAUCAGCAGCUGCAAAGCCAACGAGAACGAGCCGAUGUUCUCGACAAAGAGGCACAGGACCUUGCUGACCUCCUCGAUGAGAAGCAACGCGAACUUGAAUCCCUCCGAGGCCCACAGAGCCCAACACAAGCCAGAGGCGAGAACAAGCAGGAACUGCGGGACGAGAUCGACGAGCUUCAACGACUGCUCAAGGAAAGGGACGAGGACAUCGAAGAACUCCAAGCUCGCCUUGAGAGGGAACGGACACAAAUGGAAGAGCAGGUCCAGCAGGCCAAAGCCUUCUCUUUCCAAACGCUUGACCGGAUCGAGACCGAGAGGGACCAAGCACUUGAACGCAUUCAAGCCUUGCAAGCAGAGCUUUCGGAACUGCAAGAGCGCCAACAGCAUUCAGGCACUCAGCCACGCAGCGACAUCAACGAGCAGUCUUCAAAUUUGCAGCGCCGCAUCGACGAGCUUGAGUCGGAGCGAAUCAUUUUGAAGGAAGAGCUCGAGUCGAAGACAGCGUCAAUCGAGCAAAUGAGAUCGCAAAUGGACCAGCUUCGAGACCAAGCAAGAAGCGAUGCGGCCCGCAUCCGUGGUCUCGAACGACGCUUGAAUGCUGCCACCGCUCAGCUGUCCAAGGCAGGACACGCAGGCCAGGACGCCGACGACAGUCAACUUUCGCAGCUUGAGUCCCUCAAACACGAACUUCGCCAGACACAGGCGCAUAUGGCCGAGCUUGAAGCAAAGGAGGUCGGCCAGAAGACAUCCACAUCAGGUUCCGUGCAAGAGGAGAGAAUUCGAUUCCUUGAGCGCCAAAAGGCAGACCUGGAAGAGCGCGUACAGCAGUAUCGGGAGAUGAUCAGCAAGGGUGUUGGCACGAACCUGGCAAACCUUUCCAAGGACGGUGAGAUGGGCCAUGCCACGCCUGUCCCACCAGCGACACCGGGAAGAACAGCUCUCGGAUCUUCGCCACUCCCAAAGUCGGUUAUGAGCUUGCGAAACAUCUCGGCUGUCAAGACGCCUCGCUCUCCCGGACCUCUCAGCGAAGCUUCGUGGCUCUACAACGAAUCGAGCCUCGGCGCAGCCAACGUCGUGGACAGAAUUGCGUACCUCGAAGGUGCUCUCGACGACGCCAAUGCCUCCAUCGACGCCAAACUACACCAGCUCGACGAAGCAGGUGUUGCCCAUCUCACCUUGGCCGAACGACUUCAGCAGGCGCACGAGCGUAUCGCCGAGCUCGAAGCCGAGAUCGAAAGGCUCCGAAUGGCCGGUGGGCACAGCGCAGAUACCUCGACUGCUAGCCCAAGCAAGAGCGUCAGCCAACGACAAAAGGUCUUCGCCGACGUCCAUGCUCAGCUCGAAGCUCUUAAGAGCCGGUGGGCUGCCGACCACGACAAGCUGCAACAGCGCGAACGCGAAAUCAAGCGUCGCGAAAAGGAGUUGCAAGACCGAAGCAGCGAGAAACAUCAAUAUCAGGAGGUGCUCGCAGAGCUCAACCGCUUCAAGGAAGCCGCAUCUUCAUUGCAGCAAGACUUGCAAAAUGAGCGAGCCAAGCAGAGGAGCAAGCUCGCCGAGACUCGAGCUGCUAGUCACCAGAAGGACUCGAUCGAAGGCAGCUUAUCCCGUACGCAGGCCGAGCUGGAUGCGGUCAAGCGCAAGCUGGAAGAGAAAAAAGGCGGACUCGAGCAUCUUGGACGUCAAUACAUGCAGAAGGCUGUACAGCCGGACAGCUCAUUAGGCCAUCGUGAGAGGGUCCAGCUCGAUAGCCAGACUGAACGUCUUGCUGAACGCUUCCAAGCGGCACAGACUGAAGUUGAGCUGCUCAAAGCCGAACGUAACGAUCUUCUUUCUCAGCGAGCCGGCCUGCACAAGAAGUUCGCUGACGCCAAUGAAAACUACGAGCAGGUCCUUGCUGACCUUGCUGCUUCUCGAACUGCCUUGGCUGAGCACCAGGCGCAGUUGGACGAGCAGAUCCUACAAAUGGAGGCGGCGCACGCUGCAUUGCGCUCUAAGAAAGCUGCUUACGAAAAGAUCGCUGGCGAUCGGGAUAGACUCAGGGCAGAGCGCGACCUCAUCGUGCACGAUGUGGGCAUGUUUGAACAAGAGCUACGCAAGCUUCGACGUGAAGCUGAUCGACAGGGUCAAGACCUGCAGGCACUCCGAGCAGAGCGCGAGGAGGCUCGUCAGCAGCUUGCAUUGGAUGGAGCUGCAAAGGACCGAGAACGUGCCGAAUUCAUAGUCCAGCUCAGAAGCCUUGUGGAUCAGCUCAAGUCCAAGACGCAGGAGGUGGAUCGCAUCAAGACCAAGCUCGACGAGCUGGAGCGAUCCAGGACAAGCUCUGUUCCUCCACCAUACGCUGAAGAGCCGUCGCUUAUCGCAGCUAGGAAGAUGCACCAAGCCGAAUGCAAGGGUCUCAUCCUCCAGAUCAAGUAUCUCAAGCUCAAGCUCAAUCGUGAGAUGGACCUUCGCGCUGACCUAACGCACCAAAAGCAGUACAUCAGCCUGCUCCUUCAAGGCCUUGCACGCUCCGACGCCGAGCUUGGCCGACUCAUCUUCGAUCUCGACCUUCAACAUCACGCAAGAGACACACGAAGAAGGCAGUCAGACGCCAAGAGAAGGUGGAACAAGGCUCUCAAUGCAGCAACGGCUGUAGCGAGGAUGCAGUUGCUGGCGAAGAAGGCAGAGGAGGUGGUAGACAUCAAGCAGAGCUUGCAAAAGGCUCACCAAGAAGUCAAGUCGCGUAGGAAUGUCUUGCCUUUGCAGGACCAGAAAGCAGGAACGGCGACCGCUGCCGACUUGGUUGGCUUCAAGGCUGGGUUAGCCAGCAGAAAGUGA